GAUGACUGAACCUGAGUGAACAGUUGUUGAUACAUUAGGUCAUCUUGAUGAUCUUGAUCCUCUUAAUCAUAAUCUUGAUCCAUUCAUGGAUCCGCUAUACUAUAAAAUGGCGAACAAGAAUGAGUGAAUAGAUCAACGAAAAUUAGACUGUGAAAUGUCUAGCUUUAGUGGCGGCCCUUUGACAGAUGAAGAAGAGUAUUUGAUAGAAAAAUACAAGAUUCUUCGUGAGAAGAAGAAGCUCUUGCAGAAGGUGUUGAAAGAAAAGGCUGAAACAAAGUCUAAACCUGCAGUCAAAAAGGAUCUUGUCUCAACACCAAACAUCUCACCAGAAGAUGCUAAAAGAAAAGCAGAAAGACUUGUUGCAUCUGGGUGUGUGAAAAUAUCAAAAUCAUCCACCAGCAGAGAAUUCAAAAGAGCAAGAAUGUCAGAGAAAAAAAUUCAAAAGUAAAUUAGUCUUCAUUAGAAAGUCAGUGAUGAAAUGAUUAUGCUGCACUAUUGUAGCAGAGUUUGCACAGCUCUUGUUGAUUGGGCUAAAGAAGUCAUUGUAAAAAUUUGAAGAAGUAUAUUUUCUAAUAUUAAGGAUGUUUUGUCCGAUCAAGAAUCACCUAUAGUGGUUGAAAAGAAGCAAGAACAAUCAGAACUGGCUGCCACAAUAAAGGAAAUGUACACAAAAAAUUUUGUCAAGAGUGGAGAUGGUGGUGACCAAGACAAUUCUGACUCUAAAUAUGGCCAUAAAGAAUACAAGUAUAACAGAGGUUACAGGGAACCUAAGAAAGGGAACACAAUCUUCAUAAAAGGACACGGUCUCACUGAAGAAAUUGUGAGAAAUGAAUUUGUAAAAUUUGGUACCGUUACCGAUAUCCAUUUUGAAAAAGAAAGGAGGUUUUCGUUUGUCACAUAUCAAAAUGUAGAUGAAGCUGAAAAGGCUAUUGAAGAGAUGAAUGGAACAAAAAUUGUCAGUGGGUAUAUUCAGGUUUCAUUUGCACGAAGACAGUAUCGCAACGAACGUGGUGACAGUCCAAUGUGGUCUCGUGGCUAUCAACCAAGGGAUCGCAAUGAAAAGGUCAAAGAAGCUAGAGAGUUGCAAAGCUAUGGGGAAGAUUUUUUUGAAGAUGAUUAACAAUGAAAGUGUUUUUAGCAGUUGAUCACAUAACAAAUAUAAGGAUUGCCACAAUUUCUGUAUUUACCUACCAAAGAGGACGCAAUCACAAGAUCGUACAUUUCUAUCCCAGCCUCGACAAAAGCCACAGUUGCACAAUUAAUCGCAGCUGAAAGUACUUUGGGAAAAAAUGAAUUAAGGUGCAAAAAUUUAGUUUACAGCAAAAACAAAUAGAGAGCAAAAUUUUACCAUUUCCAUCGUUUUCUAAAACUACUAUGUACAAGUCUAUCUGGGCUUUAGGAAACAUCUCCUAGAAAUAGUAUUUUGUUUUGUCUUUCAGUAAUGUCUUUGACUAAAAGUUGUUAAAAAAGUUGUAAUGAGAUACAAUACCAUCAUUAUACUAGGCUCAAAUGCUUGUUUUAUAAUA